AUGGCGCGCUGGGCCAUUGCCAUCCACGGCGGCGCGGGCGUGGACCCGAACCUGCCGGAGCACCGGCAGGAGGAGGCGAAGCGCGUGCUGGCGCGGUGCCUGCAGGUGGGCGUGGACCUGCUGCGCGCGGGCGCGCAGGCGCUGGACGUCGUGGAGGCCGUGGUCCGCGAGCUCGAGACCGACCCUUUCUUCAACUCGGGCCGUGGCUCCGCGCUCACCCGCGCCGGCACCGUCGAGAUGGAGGCCAGCAUCAUGGACGGCCGCGGCCGCCGCUGCGGCGCCGUCUCCGGCGUCUCCACCGUCAAGAGCCCCGUCUCCCUCGCGCGCCGCGUCAUGGACAAGUCGCCGCACUCGUACCUCGCCUUCGACGGCGCCGAGGAGUUCGCCCGUGAGCAGGGCCUCGAGACCGUGGACAAUAGCUACUUCAUCACGGAGGACAACGUCGGCAUGCUCAAGCUCGCCAAGGAGGCCGGCACCAUCCUGUUUGACUACCGGAUCCCCCUGACGGGAGCGGACACGUGCAGCGCGCUGGCGGGCGCGGCGGACAGCAGCAACCCCCACAAGGCGGGCAUGGUGAUGAACGGGCUGCCCAUCAGCGUGUACGCGCCGGAGACGGUGGGGUGCGCGGUGGUGGACUCGUCGGGGGCCUGCGCGGCGGCCACGUCCACGGGCGGGCUCAUGAACAAGAUGACGGGCCGCAUCGGGGACUCGCCGCUCAUCGGGUCGGGCACCUACGCGUGCGGCGCGUGCGCCGUGUCGUGCACGGGCGAGGGCGAGGCCAUCAUCCGGUGCACGCUGGCGCGGGACGUGGCCGCCGUCAUGGAGUACAAGGGCCUGCCCCUGCAGCAGGCCGUCGACUACUGCGUCAAGGAGCGCCUCGACGAGGGGUUCGCGGGGCUCAUCGCCGUGUCCAGCGCCGGCGAGGUGGCCUACGGCUUUAACUGCACCGGCAUGUUCCGGGGCUGUGCCACCGAGGAUGGAUUCAUGGAGGUCGGCAUCUGGGAGUGA